AUGCGUCUCGUAAAUGAAGACACCUUGAUUCUUUCCAGAGAUUUGGAUUUUCGUAUGCGCGUCUCCAUAGUCAGCUCUCUGCUUCUUUCAUGCAGCUCACGGUUUUAUGAUGGCAGGAUACUUGCUAUUCCCGAAUUCUAUCAGAGUGUUCUCCGCAUCGAUGCUUGCUGGGUCUACAGCCUAUCAACAGGCAGCACUUCCCCUCAAAACCACUUGCUUUCAGCAGUUGUCCAACUCCUCGCCUCCCAGCUGCGCGGCAUAGCCGAGCGCGCAGAUCUCAUGGAACCAGAGAAUUACGACGUAGAGGUACAAGGAUGUGAAGAGCGCUGGUAUAGGAGCGCAUAA